AUGUCGAAAUCCGCUUCAAUCCCACAGUCGGCUCGGGUCCAGAAGGUCUGUACUCUGUGGACUCACGACGACAACUUUUCAAGAGAUGAAAUCGUUUUCAAUGGAGAGAAAUUCCCAGAACUGCCCACUAGUGCCGGUGCGCUCCUCCAGAUCGUGGCGAUACAUACGGACAAUGCUGUUCGAGACUUUUACACGGAAUCCAAAGUCGAUACCUUGCACAACGAUGCAAAUGGAGAUAGUCAUUCAAAAAGACAUCGACGGGACUCGAUAACGAUAACCAUUGAUGAAAAUGGCUCGACUAUCCCGGAGGGUCGCUAUGUUGACGCGGACAAGGCCUAUGUCUUUGUUCCUAAAGCGCUUCCCGCAACCAUGGAGUCCAAAUAUCCAAAUCUGCAAGUGUCAAUAUCUGAGAGGAUUGCCAAGGUCUUCGGGUUCCGCAACAGGAUGCAGGUCGUAGUGACUGAGGCUGAUGAGGAUGCGCACGAGGCUCAUCAUGUGGAGAUCGUUUUUCGGGACGAGUAUCUCGCACGCGCAGACAUGUGGCGUAUGGCGAUCGCUGAACUCAGCAAGCGGACGGUCUAUCGAGGCCAAAGGCUACUGUUCAUGGGUACCAUCAAGGCCACGAUCAAACACAUUUACAUCAACGGUCAGUCGGUUCAUUCUGGCUACUUCUCGCCCAAGUCGAAGCCUAUAUUCCGCAGCGAAUCAGCACGAUACACACUUUUCAUCCAGAUGUCCAGAGAAAUGUGGGAUUUCGACACUGAGGGCGCCGGCGAGAUCAUGUUCAACAAGGUCGUAAGCGGAUUUCUUCCAGACUUGUUCAAGAGAUGGCUGCGAAUAAAUGCACGACAUUUGGUCACCAUCAUCCUCUUUACAAGAAUGCAAUACGACGGAGAGCUCCUGGCCGAUCGCCCGGAAGGGACCACGAGCAACACGUACGCCGAUUCGCAUUCGGGCACUUUCAGAGACUAUUACAGAGUAGUCGUGAGCGACAUGGCCAGCGGCGAUUGGAUCAAUAUUCUCUAUCAGCUGAAGAAGGAGUUCAGGAUGUUUCUUCGGGAGGUGUCUCUGGUCCGUAAGCCAGUGAAGCACGUCAACGAGGAAACGGGAUCUGAAGACCCAGCUACUGAUGUCGUCGUAGCUGGUCGACCUUCUUCCGCAAGCCAAGGCAAUAUCCUAGAAGCCAUCAAUCUGGCAGCAGCUCAAUUUGCCAAAGACUACAUCGAUCGCGAUCUCGUCCGCACGGGCAUCUCCGUCAUCGUUGUUACUCCGGGCACUGGCGUCUUUGAGGUUGACUACAACAUGCUCAAAUUGACCACGGAUACCCUGAUUGGGUCGGGUAUCGGAAUUGAUCUAGUGUGUCUCUCGCCGAUGCCUCUUCACUCCGUGCCCCUAUUCAAAUACCAAACGCCUCGUUCGGUGUCUGACCUGAAAGCCGAGCACGACAGGGAACAGCAUGCUUCUCCGAGGAUGUCACGGACAGAAGAGGACAAAACUCCCCGCCAGAGUCAACCAGACUUUGGUUCCAUGUCACGCGCCUCCACCGUACGACACAUACCGAUGGACGUGUCCACCGACUCAUCAGAUGGAUGGAGGUUCGCAAUGCCGUACUGGGUCGAUGUGUCGUUCUGGUCUGGAACGUCUGAGGAGAUUCUAGAACUCACAAAACCACGAAAAGCUGACAAGAUUGUAAAGAAGUCUCGUAAGAAAGGUCGCAUCUUCUCUCUACGGUGCCGAUUGUACGAGCUGCAGAUGAUGGGUGUCAUGGAGAAUGAGGUGGGCGACAUAGCAAUUCCCUACCUAGAAGAGGACCCAAUGUACCCACACCAUCUGCGCGGGUUGUUCGAACCGAAUGGAGAAGGCCUGCAGAUCGCACCAGCAACCAAGCCUCCCGCAGCUGCGGCGGGCUCGUAUUCUUCGCGGGGCGACAAAGAAUUCAACGAGGAUCAGCUGGACGAAACAAGGGCUGCCCAAAAGGCCUGGAUGGAGGCAUACGACGGCGGAGUCUUUUCUCCUCUCAUAGAGAGACACUCUGCAUUGGACCAACUCCAAGCUCGCAAGCGAAGGCUGAGCGAUGAAAUCACCAGCGGAUCACCAGACCUGUCACGAAGUCUGCGUCUUUCUUCUUCUUUCCGUAGUACUGGUCCGUCAUUCGGGAAGACAGCUCGACCUCCAUCAGACACGAACUUUCCGCAGCUGAUGCGCGAGAGAUCGAAAGACAUCGAAAGCCAGUCUCCGCGAGGCAGCACCUCUCGUAUGCCAAACCUCAAAAGCGAGGCCGUGCCGCGAGCCGAUGUUUUGCGGCGGCAGAACAACAUGACUAGAGAUAAUGCUAGUGCCGGACGCCCUACGGUACAUAAGAGAGGUGGUUCUGGAGACUCCCAAGAUCAUCGCCAAACCGUAAACUCUACCCAGAGACAUCCACCAGCUCCGGCUACAAGCCGGGGGUCAUCCCCCAGGCGAACUGGGCUCUUGCCGACUAGUGUCGGAACGCCAGCACCAGCUAAGCAGGACCUGAAGAGCAGACCUUCCAAUUGGUUUCUUAGGCAGAUGAGCUUUGGUGGAAAGGCUGCGCCGGCAAAGCCAACUCUUGGCGAUGCCACGAUUGAUAUCAGUCAGGGGAAAGUGAAGCCUGCCAUGUUGACUGUUGAGAAGAAUCAAAAAGGCGCCAUUGCGGAACGGCUGGCGAGCACUCGCCAUACUUCUACAGGGAAGCCGUCGCAGCCGAUUGCGAUAAAACCUGCAUCGCGCGCAGGCCCUACGUCAGCCGAAUCUCUUGCGUCUGACCGCGCAAGCCGCUCGAUCGAGACCGUGAGGGUAGCGCGAUCCGAUCGAUCCAAUGUGCCUUCGCAGCCUGGCUCAGUCGUGAGGGACCCUGGGUCAACGUUUUUGCUUGCAGGAGCGCGGGGUGCAGGUGAGCACGGUGGACCGAAACCAGACCUCUCUUCUAGUGGAGGUGGUAGAGAAGCUCCUCGGACUCUAUCUCCAACAAGCGCGAUUGCUCCUUGGGCAGUCCUGGUCAACCCGUGUAACCCGAAGAAAAACAUUAUAAGCUCUAAGAACCAGUACCGGCGCUGGCAUCACGUCUUCCCUAGGACGCUGAGGACGGGCACGGUAAAGUGGAGGUCGUUGUGCUCACCCGCUGCAGUACCGCUGACCCACGAGUGGUUCCCUUCUGUUGACCAAAUAGCGUCAGAGUACAACGAAAGUCCAUAUAAAAUUACGCAGAAUGAGGACGACGAUAUUCUGGAAGCACCAAAGAGCCGAGAGUCUCUCAUCAAAGAGCUGAUCGCCUUUCGCCUCUCCCACGGGUUCCAAAUCAUCGUUGGCUCUUCCGUAGCGGAGUUUUCAGGCCGGCAAGAGAAGACUCUCGCUAGCAUUCUUGAUCCCGAGUACAUGUCUAGUGAUGGAGACACUGUUUUCAUGAGCGUUGGAAACAGCAUCCACCAGCUGGUGUGUGUAGCUGGGGGAGAGGUAGAGGUAAGGAGAUACAAUCGGAAGCCCACCACAGCACUGGAGUCGUCUGCUGGCAUUGAUACGCCUUUCUCGUACAAACCUUUUAUCCGCACUGCGUUUGAAGACACAUAUGACCCUCGAGAAGUUGUGUUACGUCCACCACGGAGAGAAUACAACUGGAACAUCAUCGACACUUUUUUGGCUGGGUACCAUGACGAGUUCUCGGAGAUACUGCGCUUCUGGAGGGCUCGCUUUGUCCUAAUUCCCGUGGACAUACCAGCCAUGCAUCGGAGACCGUUGCCUAUGCAGGACUCGCCUGAGGAGAUCCGGCUCGAGGGAAUUCGCAAGCUUACUCAACUGUGGCAGAAGUUCCGCUAUAUUCCUCCAGAAGAGCGCUACCUCCAGCCCGCGUCCACUUUGAAACAAAAGGACCCGAAUCCGCUUGCAAUUGAGUACCACACACGCGAUCCCUCGGCGGUCGUUGCGGCCGGUCCGGAUCACUCCCUGCUCAACGACACCGACAGCGAGUUCCAGACGUCCAUCUUCUCCGAUGCGGAAAAAUACCACACGUCUAGUAUAGACAUCAAGAAGCUCGCAGAAGACUUGCAGGGCGAAAAGGGGAUCCAGAUGCUUGACCGUCGAUGGCAUCUCAAGUUGCACUACAACUGUUUUCUCGGCUUUGACCUCACUAACUGGCUGCUCUCAAACUUCAAAGACAUUGAAACGCGGGACGAGGCGGUAGACUUUGGCAACGAGCUGAUGAAGAAAGGCCUCUUCCAGCACGUGCAGGGACGGCAUCAUUUUCGCGAUGGCAACUUUUUCUUUCAGAUCGCGGCAGAGCACAGGGCUCCGCGGGUCGAAUCUCGAACUGGGUGGUUUGGUAUGCGCAAGACGGACAAGUCUGUUCCUUCCACGCCGCUGGCAGAGGCGCCUCGCACGUCGCCUCUUUUAUCAAAGCACACCAAGUCACGUCCUGACACUGCCGAUUCUUCGUCCAACAGCUCCGGUUCACUCGAAGAAGGGGAGAAAACACCAACACGCGGCGAACCACAUAAGCGGAAAGUCGUCAUGUCACGCGUUAUGCGCUAUGAUGUAGACCCCAGAAAGCGUUCGUACCGACCCGAGAUCAUUUCACUGCACUAUGAUCGGUUGCAUAACCCCGACAACUGCUAUCACAUUCGCAUUGACUGGAUGAAUGUCACCGCAAAACUUAUCGAAGAUGCCAUCGUUACCUGGGCCACGAGCGUGGAGAAGUAUGGUCUGAAACUGGUGGAGGUGCCCAUCGCGGAGGUGGCGGACAUUGUCGAUAACCAUCCAUUCCGUUCGCCCUAUGUAGUCAAGCUUGCACUGCAGCCUCCCCAGGCUCAGCCUGAGGCGAUGUGGGACUCGACAAGCUUCUCUCCACAGUACCCGAAAACCGACAAGUUUGCGUAUCACAAGCUCCUGCUUCGAAGGCUCAACUUUGUGUUGGACAUGGAAGCUGCGAGUGCCUUUCCACCCGACGUCGAAGUCACGUAUUCCUGGGGCAUGCCUGAUUACAAGUAUACACAGUUCAUCCACAAGAGCGGAGGCCUGCUUGCCCAGAUAUCUGACGACGGAAACCUCCUUCUGCUAGCAAAUAGGCUCGCGCACAACCGCGCCAAAGACCACAGCAGGAUCCGGCCUGUGGAUCCUUACGAGCACAAGAAAGCCACCACAGACGGUAGUCAAAGCAGUCGUUUACCGUCGACACCCGCAGUAGAGCGUGGCAACCCGCACCGCAGUCCCUUUGCGAGUCCUCUGGCACGACCAGUCCAAGAUUCCAGUCUCCUUCACACUGCGCUCACAUUCCACGACCCGAGAUCAGCAGCGACCACUCCAGCGGCUGCGUCUAGUGUUCCUCUCACCCCUGAACAAGUCAAAGAUGAGGUUGAAGCUUUCUGCUCCAACGCCUCGCUGCUGUCUGCAUUCUAUGCCGAAGCUUUCCGCCAUGCUCCAUCUCCGUCUCCACGGAUUUUACCAAUAGGGGAAGACAAGAUUCCAAGUUUGGGACUGCCGCCAGCGAUCAGUAUCAGGGACGCUAGCCCAGCAACCGGAGGCUGGACACUGAGUAGCACAUUUGGGGGGCCUGGCGGCAUAGCUGGCCGUAGACAGGGUAGUGAGGGGAGCAUGUAUAGCAUGGGGAAAAGGGGCAGUGUGGUCGAGGGCAUGGAGAGAGCACCGCGGCGACAGAAUAGUCAGGGGAGCGCUGGAACCGGAACGAAAUGGCUCCUCGCUACUGGCAUGCACUCGAACCCCACUAACGGACCCCACGCGAGUGGCUUGCCAAAAGUUCGUACCCAAACACGACGCCGGCGCAACGUCGAGAGCAGCGCAAUGGCACUACUCGAGCUGCUGGAACCUUUGCCAGCUGAGCUGCUCUUCAUCUGGCACCAGCACCGACUCCCCAUCUUGCUGGCUGCACUGGUGGUAGCGACGGUUGUGCGUCUCGCCAUUUAUUCGCGCGAUCGGAGAGAGAAGCUCUCUGUGUCACCAGCUCCCUCGUCGCCGGUGCCGGUAGAGGAGAAACCCACCGUCCAGCUCAAGCCCGAAUGGCUGCCCGAAUACACCACGCUCAACUCGUCGGAGCUUAAUGUCGACAACCAUGUCGACGACGAUACGAUGGCGGUGGCUGCAGCCGCAAAAGUGAAGAAGGGGCCCAAGAUGGUCAAGGGCAGGAAGACACCGAAGAAGCUUGUUGCGCCUGCGACGUUCAACCACCAAACGGACAGGAUACAGCCAUUGGUCUUCUUCCAGUCGCUAUCUGGCACGACUGAGCGCUUCGCUAAGCAGUUCGCGCGAAUUCUCACCGAGUGGACGAGGGGCUGCGAUCAGUCCAAAUCCUUCUUGGAGCCCCAGACGCUCGACAUAUCGUACAUCGAGCACGACGACUACUUCGUCAGCCCGCCCAGGGGCGACGCCAACGUCAAAUACUUCUACAUUAUCCUCGUACCGACGUACAACAUCGACACCGUUCUGGACGUCUUUGUGGAGAGCCUGCAGGAGACACACAAUGAUUUUAGGAUCGAUACGGCGCCUCUAAGCGGUCUGGUGGGAUACACUGUGUUUGGUUUUGGCGAUAGGGAGGGGUGGCCGACCGAGGAAGAGGGUUUCUGCAGCCAGUCGAGGGAAGUGGACAAGUGGAUGGCCCGGCUGACGGGCAGGAAAAGAGCAUACCCGCUUGGCAUGGCCGACGUCAAGAGCGAGGCCGAGGAAAGGUUGCAGGACUGGAGGGUAGGCGUCCAGGACGCGCUUGUGGAAAUCGCCCAAGGACGAGGACUUGGUGAAGGCGUGCCGGGCAGUGGAGACGCUAUCGAGAGCGACGAAGAAGACGUGGCCGAGGACAAUGGUCAAAGCACGCGAGUAGACGACGUCGAAGACCUGGGUUCGAUGGUCAACUCCUCCGCCGGACCAAUACCCGUCGACUUUACAACCUACAAGAAAUCCCCAGCCAAGUCUCAAUCCCUCCAGGCCCCCAAGGAGAUGGUGCCUACCACGUCCCCUACCUACGCCGCUCUCACGAAACAAGGCUACAGCAUCAUCGGCUCACAUUCAGGCGUCAAGAUCUGCCGAUGGACUAAAUCCGCUCUGCGAGGCCGAGGCUCUUGCUACAAGUACUCCUUCUACGGCAUCGCCUCUCACCUGUGCAUGGAAGCCACUCCGUCUCUCUCCUGCUCGAACAAAUGCGUCUUCUGCUGGCGGCACGGCACAAACCCCGUCGGCACGACAUGGCGCUGGAUAACCGAUGCUCCAGACAUGAUCUUCGACGGCAUCACCACAGCACAUUACAAGAAGAUCAAGAUGAUGAAGGGCGUUCCCGGAGUCCGAGCCGAGCGUUUCAGCGAAGCCAUGCGCAUCCGUCACUGUGCCCUGAGUCUGGUCGGCGAGCCCAUCUUCUACCCGCACAUCAACGAGCUCCUCGGGAUCAUGCACAGCAACCGCAUCUCCACGUUCCUUGUCUGUAACGCCCAGCACCCAGCUCAGCUAGCGUCUUUGAUCCCUGUGACACAGCUCUACGUCUCCAUAGACGCAUCCAACAAGGACAGUCUCCGCAAGAUUGACCGGCCCCUGCAUCGAGACUUCUGGGAGCGUUUCUGUGCCUGCUUGGAUAUCCUCCGCAACCGUCGUUUCGAGCAACGCACCGUCUUCCGUCUCACGCUGGUCAAAGGCUUCAACAUGGCUGAGGAAGUGCGCGGCUACGCUGAUCUCGUUGAGCGCGCUCUGCCUGGCUUCGUGGAGGUCAAGGGCGUUACCUACUGCGGGACCUCCGCAGCUGGCUCUGCAGGCCUUACCAUGGAGAACGUCCCCUUCUACGAAGAAGUAGCCGAGUUUGUGACUGAACUUGAGAAAGAGCUAAACAGCCGCGGACUUACCUAUGGCAUCGGUGCCGAGCACGCGCACUCCUGCUGCAUCCUGCUAGCCGACCGCACAAGAUUCAAGAGAAACGACAGGUGGGCUACUAGAAUCGACUUUGAGCGCUUCUUCGAUCUCUACGAAGGCAAGGUGGAGGGGACGAGAGUGGAGGAUGGGAAAGUGGCGGGCUGGAGACCGGAAGACUAUGUUGGCGAGGAGACGCCCGAGUGGGCGCUCUGGGGAAACGGCGGAUUCGAUCCUAGGGACGCAAGAGUGUACAGGAAGGGCAAAGGCCCAAAGGUUAGCGAGGAGGGAGGGAAAGCCACCGCGGCUGCUUUGGAGUUUUAA